AUGGGUUUAUCUCAAGAGAAAGGAAAGUUCCCAACUCAACCACAGAAAAAUCCGAGAGGGGUAAAUGAAGUUUUUGAAGUGCAAAAGGAAGAUUGCAAUGCAGCUAUCACACUCAGAAAUGGGAAAGAAUAUGAAGGGCCCAAGUUACCUGUAAGUGAAGAUAUUCCUGCUAGAGAUGAACCAACCAUGGAGAAAAAUGCCAAAAAUGAGAAAGUGUUUGAAAAAUAUGAGGAAGUCAUUGUGAGCAAAGAUAAAAGGAGUGUUUCCAAUCAUUUGCCUUUCCCUUUAGCUAUGCAGAGACACAAAGUAAGGGAUAAGACUUUAGAGACUUUGGAAGUUUUGAAGCAAGUGAAGAUCAACACUCCACUCCUUGAUAUGAUCAAGCAAGUGUCUGCUUAUGCAAAGUUCCUCAAAGACUUAUGCACUGUGAAGAGAAGGAUUAAAUUAAGCAAGAAAGCAUUCCUCACCGAGCAAGUCAGUGCCAUCAUUGAGAAUAAGGCAAUGCUGAAGUAUAAAGAUCUAGGUUGUCCUACCAUCUCGAUUCAGAUUGGAGACUCAUUCAUGGAUAGGGCUUUGUUAGAUUUGGGAACUAGUGUAAAUUUGCUUCCAUAUUCAAUCUAUAAUCAAUUGGGAUUGGGAGAGCUUAAGGCUACUACCAUUACACUCUCUUUUGCUAACCGUUCAAUUAAAGUACCUAGACGAGUAGUCGAAGAUGUCUUGGUGCAAGUUGAAAAGUUCUACUACGCAGUGGACUUUGUGGUGUUAGAUACAAAACCGUUGAAAAAGGGUGUCAAUUCUGUUCCAAUUAUUCUUAGGAGACCCUUCCUUGCUAUAACCAAUGUUCUUAUUAACUGUCGAAAUGGAUUGAUGUAG